AUGGCUCGGACACAUAGCUGUCCCUCGGGCAACCAGCAGGCCGUAGAACAGGACAGCUUUUGGUCCACGAACGGGGUCAACUGGGAUACGCACAGAAUAGGCUGGCUGGUUGCUGGUGUAUGUGCUGCUAUCACUGUUAUACUCACGAUCAUCAAUGUGGCGAGACAUUGCCGGAAUUAUACCAACCGUGGAGAGCAACGACAAAUCCUACGUAUCUUGUACAUGCCACCGGUCUAUGCGAUCAUCUCCUUCCUGUCAUACAGGUUCUUCCGCAGUUACACAUAUUACGACCUGGUUGAGACAGCCUACGAGUCUGUGACUCUUAGUGCCUUUCUCCUACUACUCAUCGAAUUUGUAGCCGCCACGUCUGUGGGACACAACGUCAACAACGCUAUCCUCCGCAAAGACAAGCAGAGCUUACCACUUCCUUUCUGCUUCUGGAGAUAUAGGCCCACAAAGCCGUACUUCAUGUACACUCUUAAAUGGUCUGUCUUACAAUAUGUGAUUAUGCGUCCUCUUCUCUCCGUCAUCGGGAUCAUAUGCCAGGCGGCAGGCGUGCUGUGUGAAUCGGGGGGAUGGAGUUUCACGACAGCAAAUGCGUACAUCACCGUCAUCGACGCCAUCAGCAUCACCAUUACGCUAUAUGGACUGAUCCUAUUCUAUGCGCUCACGAGAGAGGAGCUGAAGGGCCGGCGUCCUCUCGCGAAGUUCUUGGCGAUCAAACUGAUUGUCAUGUUUACGUUCUACCAAGGACUGGUCUUCGAUGCGUUGGAAGGCAGGGUUAUCCACGCCACCAAGUAUUGGACAGAGACCAAUAUUGCAGAUGGACUGAAUGCUCUGGCGACUUGCGUCGAGAUGGUGUUCUUCUCCACAUUCAUGAUGUGGGCGUAUUCAGUGAAGGAUUACAGGGUCGAAGGUGAACGGACCUCCAUCUGGCGACCAUUGUGGGAUAGCAUCAACUACAGCGACUUCGCUCACGAGAUCGCAGGCUCGUUCCGCUUCUUCCUCGCGUACUUCCGCAAAGAGCCAUACACACAAUCACGCGCGAUCGAGACCGGGGCCGAUGGCAAACCGCACGCGAAAAUGGACUUCGGAGAGGCGUUCGGCGUCGAGGGCGCGCGGCUCCCGUACGAUACGCGCGGCACCAUUGAUUCCCCAGGCAUGCGCCCACGGAUGAGCUACGACGAGGACAUCAGACUGGCUCCGUACACAUACGCGACGCCAGACGUGCCCGCGGGUUCGCUCUCUAACUCGUCGGACUCGGUGGACGCGGGGCUCGGCGCCGUGCGGGACGCGCGCACGUUGCCCUCGUCCGCGCCACGGUAG